UAAAGAAGAGAAAAAAAAUUGCAUAGACGUGCACAACAUUCAAUUGAAAGACAUCAUUCGGAACCAUGGAUGUGCCAACUUACAAGUGUAUUAUUAUGGGCGAGAAAUGCUGUGGCAAGACCACGUUUUUGAAAAGACAUCUAACUGGAGAGUUUGUGGAGGAGUAUGUCCACACGGCGCGUGGAUCCACCAGCAUUGUGACACUGACCUUCAACAGCAAUCGCGGACCCAUACAAUUUGAUGUGUUUGACUGGGGCCAAGAGAAUGAGGAGCUGCUACUCCAUCCAGAAGAUUUCUACAAAGACGGCCAGUGCGCGAUCGUAAUGUUUGAUGUGUCCUCGGUGUUUAUCUUCGGUGAUUUCUUCAAACAGUUUUUGAUGUUGAACCUUCCAAUAUCCCUCUGUGGAAACAAGGCGGAUAUCAAGACUGAUAACUACUCUGUAUAUGAUCCAGAAAACUUUUUGAGCAGUCCCAACUUGGAAAAAAAAAUUUUUAGCGAAAUAUCGGUCAAGACGGGGCUCAAUAUUGAUCAACCGUUUCUUUAUCUGGCACGCAAAUUGCUUAACGACUUCACUUUGGAGUUCAUACCGUCUACAGAUGUCUAGUUAUAAGCUAUUCAAAGAAACAGCAAACAGUACACAGUACACAGAUUCACAUAAACAGUAAAGAGGCACAAAGGAAGGGGCGGGCAAUGCAUUCCACUCUACUCCCUACACACACAUACACCUAGUACUUGUGACACUUUCACACUUUCGUUUCAUUGCACUACAAAAUGAUUAUAAAUUACACAAAAUACACAAGGAAAUAAAUAUGUAAUCUGCUGUAACUUCC